UGCCGUUAAAGUCGUCGGUAUGUCAAAGAGGUCGUUUAUGAAUGUGGGACAGUCCCCGAAGGCCUGACUGAGCUGGGGCAGCGCUGGAGGGAGGAAGAGUCGAGAGAGUCCGAGGCAUGGUGUGAAAGAUGGAUGGGCCGAGGCAGGACUCCGGAAACUUGUCAGUGGAGAAAUGGCGGAUCCUACUGCUGCAGCUCUAGCUGCGUCUUGUCUGCUCGUGCGGGGGAAAUCUCGGCUGAGUUCAGACAUAGUACGGGCGUUCUGAGAGAGAGAGAGAGAGGGAGAGAGGGAGUACAUUAGAUUAGAGGAGCGAUAUGAUUUUCGGAGGCAAGACUUUUUGAGUCUUCUUUCCCGCGUCGAAGAGGAGAAUUUAUUAGCAGCUCGUCGAGCAGGUGGAGUUUUCGGAGCGGAGCGGAGUGGAGGGGAUGGAAACGCCAUCAUUCUCUGGAAGGAAGAGGAGGAGCUCAAGUGGCGGGCGUCUAUCAGGAUCGGGCCUUUUCGCUGUUUCAUAGAAGAUGGUGAUUGGGAAGCCCUGCAACUGCUUUGCUCUCAUGUGAGUCCUGCGGUCACAUCUCCCCUGUCAUCCUGACAGCCGAGUGGCCUGGAUUUUUAAAUCCCACCCUUCGCCCUUGGCCUGGCCUGCCACGCAGUCAUACUUGCCCGACACUCGACUCAGUCAUUAACAUUCUUCUACCCAUUUGAUGCCUCUCGGCUGCAUUAAGUGUGGAGUUCCAGAAUUGAAUUUGAAACUCCAUUCACGCUUGUCUCGCGUGCCCAAGCCCGACCCUGUGGGUGUGGCUCCGUGCUCACUCAAGUCGCCCAGCCCCGGCCGGCAGUUUGACCUAUGACAUGCAUCCAUUGUGCUUGUCACUCCUGCUCUGCUCUUGCUGCACUUGGUGAGUUAUGCCGGUUGCUCUGAGGAUUUGACCUCUGCAGACCGUCGUUGUCUCGCGCAAUCUGAUCCCUCGCCCCGGAACGAGCUCGUAAUUAGUCUGUGCCCGAUUGUUUGGACUGAAACAACUCCUCCGUCGAAACUUUCCGAAGGAGAUUUUGGGCCGGGUUGACUCUGAUGUCUAGAGCAGAUGUAGUUGUGUGGAAGAUACAAGAAAGAAUGGCGCAACCACGUGAUGGGUGGUGUCAACUUUAGGACUCUGGCUUUGAGAUUGAAGAAGAAUGCAUGUGCCAUGGUUCAAGUGUCGCAGGAGCACCGAAGAGGAGAAGGAAAUUCAGCGAAGUGUAGAAACUCACAUUCUGAGUCUGAAGUUCCUCGUGGGAUGGCAGAAGAGGAAGAAACCGAGUCCCGGUGGGACGCCUGGAAGUCCUGCCGACAAUACUAUCUGGUUAAAAAAGUCAGUUGAAAGAUGGCAGUCUGGGCCACUGAUGCCGGCCCUGAGUCUGAAGCCACUUCCUUCAGCUGCUCAUGUGUUCACUUUGAGAGAGAUGCGGAAAGCAACGGGAAAUUUCAGCCAGGACAACCUCAUCGGAGAAGGCGGAUUUGGUCAAGUUUUUCGGGGUGUGUUAAGUGAUGGCAAGGUAGUGGCUGUGAAGCAAAUGGAUCCCGGAGCUUCAGCACGACAAGGAACUCAGGGUGAAAGAGAGUUCCGUGUGGAAGUGGACAUUUUGAGCCGUUUGAACCACCCUAAUUUGGUUCGUUUAAUAGGAUACUGCGCCGAUCGUACACAUCGCUUGCUAGUUUACGAAUAUAUGGUCAAUGGGAACCUUCAAGAACUUCUUCAUGGGGUUGUGAGAGUCAAACUGGAGUGGCAUAUGAGGUUGAGAGUCGCUCUGGGGGCUGCAAGAGCUUUGGAGUACCUACAUACAGGUCGUGCAGCUGGAAAUCCCAUCAUCCAUCGUGACUUUAAGUCCAGCAAUAUUUUGCUGGAUGAGGAUUUCAAUCCGAAGGUUUCGGACUUCGGUCUUGCUAAGCUCGUGCCGUUUGGUGACAAACACUACGUCAGUACGAGAGUGAUUGGAACCUUCGGAUAUUUUGACCCAAAAUACACUGCGACUGGCAGGCUCACUGUGAAGAGCGACGUCUACGGCUUCGGGGUAGUUUGCUUGGAGUUACUAACGGGGCGAAGGGCAGUCGACUCGUCAUAUGCAUGUGGAGAAGAGAAUCUGGUUUUCCGGGUGAAAGAAACUCUGAAGAGCAAGAAAAAACUGAAAAAGGUUGUGGACUCCGAGAUCAGUCCCUUGACGUACUCUUUUGAUAGCGUGAAGAGAUUUGCAGAUCUUGCAGCCCGUUGCAUUCGAGACGAGGAUAGUAAAAGACCAAUGAUGGCUGAAUGCGUCAGGGAGUUGGAAGAGCUCUAUGCACAGAGUAGAACGUUUACCAAAUCUUUGAGUAUGUGAAGUUGAGAGUGUCUUACUCACAGAGGAGCCCUGACGAGACGACGAUUUCGAGGAGGUUAAAGUUCAACGAUUGACUAUGGCCAGCCUCUUUCAGAGUACAGUUCUAGAUCCAUGCAGUUGUAACUCAUAUGCCUACUGGAUCAAGUUUCCGGGACGGUCGAACUCGCUCUGUAGCUCAAUUCCUGUUCUACAACCGAACGUGAUCUUCCUGAGACCUGCCGGAUCCGAGCUCUGUACAGCGCCGAGCACUGCACUAUAAGAUGCCAUCCAACCAGUGCGACGGUACUGAAACUUUACUCCUUCGUCCCUAGCAAGAUUAUACGCCAACCAGCUUCUUUGUUCAUUCGUUUGAACUGUAUUCGAGAUAUAGUACCAUGGAUAUCCGUGUCUAUGGAGAUCUUCAAGCUCAGAAGGCAUCCGGUAGACAAAUGUUGAAAUAGGAAAACUAACUCUUAGAAUGUACGGCAGAGACUGAUCAGUUCAUGCAUUGGGUAUUCAUCGCGAACACAUUCAUCGCCAGCAUGAACUUAUCAGUUGUCUCUGCCUCAGCAACCCGAACUUGAUGAUUUUUUAGCAAAUCAUCUAGCCACUGAUUACUUAUGUAGCUUAGCUCAUGAUACUUGCGUAUCUAAACCUGAUUUUGGCGAUCGCCUUGUACAGCAUAGCUUCUCACAACGAGGAAUACUUGAGUUAAUAAACUUACUUUGGGGUAUGCCAACCCAAUGGAAAUGUUACAGUCAAAGGCUGUUAAUUGUGUGACUAUGGAUCACUUCAAUUAUUUCGUCACUAUGUGUCUCCAGUUGACUGCAUCCGGCAAGUAAGACAUAAGGCUCACAUGUUGCAGGCAUGAUCAAUGCAGUGACCGAUUCGAACGACCGUAACGAGGAAUUUGGUUUUCAAGCUUGACACGUUUAAAGACUUGCGACCACGAACAAAUCCUCCUCGCAGGUCGGGGAACAUUGACCUCUAAUGUAAAGCGUGGCACUGAGGGCCAAAAUGUCGUCUGAAUACCCUACUGUAGUGUGGUAGUUGACUGAUGAAUCUUGAACAUCCAGCACAGGUUCAAAUCACUAGUUGUCUAUAAGUUGUCUUUAUCCCCAUUCGAGUGCGCCUCAAAGUCAAAUUCUAAACCGAGUUUCUGAUACACCUGUGCCCAUGUUAGAACGUCUGGCAUGAGGUUACAAGCGUCACGGGCACUCACGGGCACUUCAAAAUUGUCUCGACUAGCUAGAGUUUUCUCUAAUUAUAGCCAACACAUGACUUGACUGGCACCACGUUUUCUCAUGCCCUUCUAAAAAAGACAUCUGAUACGAACAACACCUUCAGAAUGAUUGCCUGAGCUACAUGCACCUCACCCUUGAACGGCGAUGGCUCUGCAAACCUCUCAAAAAAUAGUGUUGAAGAACGCUAUGUCGCGUUGCAUUCUUCCAGUACCUCUCUCCAUCUUCAGAAGGAUGUGAGCUUGUACUCUCCAUGCCUAGGUGGUAUUUUCGUUUGCCAGUUAAGCGAUUUUUACUCAUACUGAUGCAAUUGUUACGGUUUCGCGUCAGAAGUCUCUCCUGUCUGCAAUAGUAUUGCGUCUGAUGGAUGGACAGUUGUACAGCUAUACGAAGAGACUGCUGCAAACGGUGUGGAGGUGGAAUGAUGAUGUCGCAGUGGUGCCUUAAAUGGCAACAGAGUCAGAAAUUGUCUGAAAGUAACUGGCAUCUGGAGUCUUACAUGACAGGACACCUGUAGACAUAGAGGGAAGAACGAAGCAUAGUACACAGAUCUCGGAAACCUGAACCAUGCAAGACAAUGCACUUGAAGGAUGUUCCAUUUGAACACAAUCGCAACUCGCGAAGGAGGGUAGCAUCUGGCAGCAAGCCAAAUUCUGAAUCUUACGAAUUGAG